GCUCGUUCCGGGAGGCGGGCGCAGCGGAGGCCGGUGUGGCCGGAGCUCGGGCGGAGGCCGGGCGCGGGCUGCAAGACUGGGGCGGGAGGCGAGCGGGCGGCCGGGGUGGGACGUUCUGGCCGUGGGGGCGGCGGGGGCGGCGUCUGGGCUGCGGCGGCAGGGGUCACCGGGCGAGCCGGAGGGUGUCUCGUGGCGGCCGAGCGCCGCACCGCUGCCUCCUGAGGGGCGGCUCGGGCCCCUAGGGCCCUGGGCUGGUCGGCGGGGCCGCGGGAGCAGGGCGGGCUGCGCGCCGGCUCUGGCCCUGCCCUGCGGCCCGCCCUCGGCAUUCCGGGCCUCUGGACCACGCGCCCCCCCCAACCCCCCAAAGGCUGAGGGUCUGGUAGCCAUGUGUGGACCCUAAAGCGCCUUGUAGUCUUUUGAAGCGCUUUGACAUCUCGGAAGGGCUCUGUACUGCAAACUAAAUCGUAGCGCUUUGUAAUCCCGGAAGCGCUUUGACAUCUCCCUAGUAGCGCUGUGCAAACAGAAGCGCUUGGCGAUCGCGGAAGCACGUUGUGGGGUUUGGAAACCAAACCGACGCCCUUAGUAAAUCUUGGAUCGUUUUGACUAAGGCGAAGCGCUUUGGAAUCGCGAACAGUAGAAGCGCGUUGGUAUCUCCGAAACCUUGAGAACUGUGAUGGGCAGUGGAAAGAACGGGGAAAGGUGCCCAUGGCGUCGGAGCGGCGCAAGGUCAAGUACCACUGGAGCAGCACUUCGGAAGGGUGUCCCCGCAAGCGCAGCUGCCUCAGGGAGCCCGGUGAUGUGGCCCCCUCCAGCCGGUCAGCUCCUAGCUCUGCGUCGCGUUCAGGAGGCACCAGCAGCCCCAAGCGCCUGAAAGCCCAGAAGGAGGACGAUGUGGCCUGCACCCCGAGGUUGCCCUGGGGCUCAUCCUGCCGCAGAAAUUCUUCCUCCUCCUCCUCCUCUUCCUCCUCCUCGCAUUCCUCUGGCCCAGGUGUGGGCGGGGCUGCCCCCAAAGGCUGCCUGAUUCAGAGCACACGGGGAUUCCUGUCAUCGUCCAGAGGAUCCCCUCUUCGCUCUGCCAACCCCUCUCCGGAAGAAAUGGCUUCUCUAGAGGAGGAAGCCUGCAGCCUUAAGGUUGAUUCGAAAGAUAGUUCUCGUAACUCCACAAACUCUGAAUUUGCAGCCGAAGCUGAGGGUCAGAAUGACACAAUUGAGGAACCAAACAAGGUCCAGAAAAGGAAGAGGGAUAGGUUUCGAGACCAAGGCUCUACAAUGAUCUACUUGAAGGCUAUCCAGGGCAUCUUGGGAAAGUCGAUGCCAAAAAGGAAGGGAGAGGCUUCCACUAGGGCCACACCAAACACAAGGGAGCGUCCCAGCCGUGGAGAAGGGCCAGCCAGGAGUGCCACUGUGUCUCCUCCUCAGAAAGGGAAAGAGUCAGCCCCAGAGGUAAGAGCAGAGGAAGAAAAGGCUGUGCUGGAGAGGACCAGCUUCUGCGACAGGAGAGUGGUGAUAGACCCUCAGGAGAAACCCAGCGAGGAGACACCUGGUGACCGAAGGACAGUCAUUGACAAGCAUUCUCCACCUCUGGAGUUUUUGGAUGACUCUGACUCUCAUUUAGAAAGCCAGAAGCCUAAAGAAAGGGAGGUGGUGAUAGAGCGCACCUCUUCAGGAAGUGACUGGUCUGAUGUAGACGAAGUCUCCACAGUCCGAUUCUCUCAGGAGGAGCCCAGCUCGCUGAAACCCUCCACAGUUCCAGAGCCUUCUGCCUUCCCCACUGACUAUGUCAUGUACCCAGCUCAUUUGUACAGUAGUCCGUGGUGUGACUACGCCAGCUAUUGGACCAGCAGCCCCAAGCCUUGCGGCUACCCCUCUGUGGGCACCGGCAGUGACACGCUGCAGGCAGGGCGGAGCAACCGGGGCCUCCUGAGUGAUUGUCCCCCUAACUCUGCAGCAACUUCCCAGAAUACUUCCAGAGACCAGGAGGCAACAGAGGAAGGCACAUCCCAGAACUCCCGUUCAUUUCAUUUCUCCAGAAGCUCGGAAGAAGAGGUGAAGGAGAAAAGAGCACUCCAGGAGGAGAUGGCACCACGUCCCUGCGGAGGCCACGCAUCCGGCUCCCUGCCAAGGAGCCAUCGGGGGUCAGGCCUAGAAGAGGGUUUCAUCGAUACCCACUGUCACCUGGACAUGCUGUAUUCCAAGUUGUCUUUCAAAGGGUCCUUUACCAAGUUCAGAAAAAUUUAUAGCAGCUCCUUCCCUAAGGAAUUUCAGGGCUGCAUCUCUGACUUCUGUGAUCCUCGGACACUGACUGAUUGCCUGUGGGAGGAGCUCUUGAAAGAGGAUCUGGUUUGGGGGGCCUUUGGCUGUCAUCCUCAUUUUGCACGUUACUACAGUGAGAGUCAAGAAAGAAAUCUUUUGCAAGCCUUAAGGCACCCCAAGGCUGUGGCAUUUGGGGAAAUGGGCUUGGAUUACUCGUAUAAGUGCACCACGCCUGUCCCAGAACAGCACAAGGUGUUUGAGAGACAGCUGCAGCUGGCCGUAUCUCUGAAGAAGCCCUUGGUGAUCCACUGCCGAGAAGCUGACGAAGAUCUGCUGAACAUCAUGAAAAAAUUUGUGCCCUCAGACUACAAGAUCCAUAGGCACUGCUUCACUGGCAGCUACCCAGUCAUCGAGCCUCUGCUGAAGCACUUCCCCAACAUGUCUGUGGGCUUCACAGCAGUCCUGACUUACUCCUCGGCCUGGGAGGCCCGGGAAGCUCUGAAGCAGAUCCCCCUGGAGAGAAUCAUUGUGGAAACGGACGCUCCCUACUUCCUGCCCCGACAGGUUCCGAAAAGCCUCUGCCAGUAUGCCCACCCAGGCCUGGCCUUGCAUACGGUCCGAGAGAUUGCGAGGGUCAAAGAUCAGCCGCUCUCCCACACCUUGGCCAUCCUGCGUGAGAACACCAGCCGCCUCUACAAUCUUUAAGCAGAGAGGGUGCAGUCAGGAGAAAAAGGACAACCAGUGGCCUGACAGAAGAUGGGCUGGUUUGCUCUCUGCCUGUAUGUCCCAGGUCAGGGAUGUGUCUGAAGAGAGCCCCUUGGAACGGAGGAAACCAGGACAGGAUGUUUGCCUCGAAGCCCCGUCCUAAAGCUCUACUUCCGGCUGGGGGGUGGGGUGGGGAGCAGCGUGGAGCAAGGCGCAGGUAGGGUCUACCUCCCAGGGCAGUCAGUGACGCAGGAAGGGGCUGAGAGGAGGGCGCAGCGAGUUCGCCACUCCAAGUCCUGAUGCUCUGCAGCCUGCGACUUUGAGCAGUCUUCACAGACCCUCUCCUACUCGUCUGAGCACCUGUGUGUGUGUAACUCAGCUCCUGGGUCUCCGAUAUAAAGAUGAACUCCCAAGUGGGAAACCUCCUCUGGGGGACGUUAACUGGAGCCUUGUCUCGGAGGUUUAUGGUCCUUCAACCGAGAAGUCCUCCCCUUCUUUCCCUGGAUAAUGCUUCGGUUCGGCUGUCCCCGCUGCUGCCUCAGCUCUUCUUCAGCAUGAGUGGAAGACCUUGGCUGCUCGUCUCACUGGUUCUUCUGCCAUCGGUCUGGAGGGGCGGGGGACGCUCACUGUCCGGGGGAAGUCCUGGCCAAUGGGGAUCUGGACAGACUGGGGGACUCCAGGAGGAGGCCUUUGGGAGGAAGAGGACCCCUGAGAAGGUGUUUCUGCUUACCGAUGCCCCCAGGGCUACAGCUCGGUUGUGUUCAUCUGGUAAGGGUUCAGUUUGCAGCAGAUGCGACCUGCUAGUCUGCUGUUGGGACGUCCCACCUGCCUGUUGCUCCAUUUUUGCCCCAUUCUCCUGGAACACUGGACCAAGAAUACUUCUGUUUCAUCCCAUGUAACAGCCCCUUAUGUGCCCCACCCGGGUUGAGAGGUAAACCAGUUUAAUUCUUCAGAACUCUGUUGGGGCUGCUCAGCCAUGGUGUUGCUUUUGCCGCACAUGAUCUUAGCCAAAAGGCCGAGAAGCGAUGGUGUUGCUUAUGCCGAACAAACAGGCCUGGUGUCUCUGCCUUUCAGUCCCCUCCCAGGGCUCUCUCUCCCUUGCCUUUGCCUCAUCUGUGUCCUUUCUCCCAUGUUGGAAGUGAGCGCCUCUCCUUUGACUUUUGAGAGGCUGGGUCGUCAGGUUCUAAGCUGUGCUCUGCUCCCUGCCUGGUAUAUCUGUUACAGGCCCUGGAAGGUUCUAAUGGUUGAGGGUUAAGUGUGAGGACACUCUGCACUUUGUCCAAAAGGAUCCUUUACCCCAAUCUCCCACAGUAAGACGGGACACCUUCAGUCCCUUGUCUAUUUCUUGGAGGCCAGUAGCUUAAUUCGUGAAAUCCAUCACUUAAUGCUGGAUUUCUCUAGGGGUUUUUGGAAGGUGCAUUUGAGCCUCGUAAGCUGAAAGGGAAUGGACUUAACGUUUCAUAGCUGGUGUUUCUGUCUUGGCCUGGUGCACGUGUCACUGGCCUGGGAAGCAGGCCUUGAUUCACUGUUGGCCUUCCAUGGCUCAGCUGCGUGGCAUUGUCUGUGCCUCCAGUUUGCCAACGCGGGGAAUCGGGGGCUUGCUGUCCUGCUUGGAGGACUAAGUAUUUCAGAGCGCUCUGUUGUCCCGCAAGUGAACUGCAGCCUGUACACCUCCUUUACAACAAGCCCUGUCAGUCAAUACUCGCUGCACUGGAAGCGGAGUGGUCCUGUGCUAGAGGGCUAAAAGUGAUGACUAAGUGGAUGUCUCUGAGCCUGUGCAGUCUCCCUGCCAAGGUAAAGCACAAGGUGCUAUGUACUCUCAUCUCUAGGGUUUAAGAUGAUCAUUUCUGUGCUGUUACACAGUGGAACAUGACUUGUGUGGGCGGUGAAAGCUGGUGGGCAUUGUUUUUGACUUGAUGGCUGACUUGAUUGUUUUUGCUGUGCUGCCGGAAUGCCUCUGUAUGUCCCCCUGCCCCUUUUGGCCAUCUCUUUCUGAAAAUAAAGUGAUGGGUCUUCAGCCA